GCCAUCAAGAACAGCUCCUAUAACUGUUGGUUGCUUCUCUCGUCUUCUCUCCUGUACUCCCUUCCUUAACUCCUUUGUCAACAUCCCACUUAUUGUGUUGAUGGUCUACUUUGAAUCCCAUACCCGAUGUCGCCACAAUUCUAUACCCAGUAAUCCGGAGACCUAAUUUUCCAUCAGAGCCAACCAAGUUCUUCCGAAUCUUGGAGUGAUGAAGCGGCGAGAGCGGGUCUAGAAUACAGUCGAAAGUGUAAGCAAGAUUACGAUUGUUCCCAUCCGUGUUCGGUGAAGACGAUAAUGUUGUCGCGUUUAAUCCCGUCUGAUAUCAUUAUUUGCAUGUAUGCGGUAUUAGACGGAUCGGCUUGAGGGAAAUACGCAUGGUGAUACCCAGAAAAUAGUCUCUUGAAACAACGUCGUGGUCUUAUCCAUCCAUAACGCCAAGAUGAAUGCCAUAGCGAGAGUCUAAAUCCGACCGAAAAUGUACUGUACACCGACAUUGGUAUCAUUUGAUCAAGAUAUCUUGAAUAAAUACCAUAAUGUUUGUAUUUGGGAAGAACGAUGGCUGUGAAUUCUUCCAUCAAAAUAGAAUAAUGUUUUCAUGUUUUCAACAUUACUUUGAUGCAGAUAUUCGAUAGCAACACUGCCCAUACUCAAGCCAGAACGCAUUCUACUCGCAUUGGAAGUUUCCAAUACAAGUAGACCAACGAGGAUCAUAAUCAAUGGUGCAACGAGACAAAUGAGCAUGUCCAAUAUGAUUAAACAGACACAAGAAGCCAGGGAAAAACAUAGUGUCUUAAGUCCAAGACACUUCGAGAACCAGCGGCGAAAUCAACAAUGUUAAGGAAGAGAACAUACGAAUGACAAAUCCAUCCAUGGCACCAGAAAAACCAGAAUACACACUGCAUCGACGAUGGAAUCGCGAUUGGUGAAAGAAACAUAGCGACAUAAGAGCAAUCCUUUCGCGAAUUUGACCAUGAUUUGGUAGAUCAUUACUUGUAUCAAUUUUUAGAAGACAUGAAGCUUAGAAUAUAAUACAUGUCGAUUGAGGUCCUUAAAGGUUACUCCCCCGAAAGUUGAUGAUCUUCAGCCUUGUCAGAUAAUUUGAAUUUCAUCAUAUCAACAAGGGUGGUUGACUUGCCGUGCAUUAGCGUCACUUAUCCUUACUUCUCAUUCGUCAGCCUUAUGUAACAUCAGAGAUCCAAAAUUUUAACCUCUCAGCCUUAUCUUAAACUUCAGCAUGUCAAUAUUCAAUACAUUUAAACACAAGCACUCUCCUGAACUCAGCAAUUGCCAUGCUCCUCCGGUAAAAUCCCAUACCCCGCCAUCAAAAUGGCACAAUUCAUACCCCGUACCGCGUUCCCCCAACAACUCUCUCUCCCUCGAUCGUACUACCUAGGCCAUCAUGCAUCCGGUCUCUCGCGAAUGAAAACUAUGCUCUCAUCCAUCGACCUCAUUAUAGAAUGUCGAGACUACAGAGUCCCUCUCACAUCUCGAAAUCCGUUAUUUGAACAAUCACUCGCGGGAAGAGAAAGAGUCAUCGUGUAUACGAAACGGGAUUUGGGGUAUCAGGGUUUGGCUGUGGAUAAAAAGAGAGAAGCAAUUAUAAAAGAUUGGCAUAAGCCCUCCUCCACUCUCUUCUCAAAUCACAAAUCCAAAUCCGAUAUCCAAACUAUUCUCUCGCUCUGCAAAGAACAUGGUCUUGCGCAUCAAUCCCUAACCGGUUCUCGAAUUCUUGUAGUGGGUAUGCCUAAUGUUGGGAAAUCUUCUUUAUUAAAUGCUCUACGUAUGGCUGGCGUAAAUAGAGGCAAAGCAGCAUUCACAGGUGCCCAACCCGGUAUUACGAGAAAAAUCGCAUCAGGUGUCAAAAUAGUCGAUCCGGACCCGGAAGCAGGAACAGAGGGUGUCUAUUUAGUAGAUACUCCCGGUGUGUUUGUACCUUUCGUCCCGGAUACGGAUAGUAUGCUGAAGCUGGCGUUGGUGGGAAGUGUCAAGGAUACUAUUAUUGCGCCAACGACAUUAGCGGAUUAUUUACUCUUUCAUAUAAAUUUAAAAGUGGGAGGGGGCGUGUAUAAAGAAUACUGCGAGGAAACGAAUGAUAUCGUACAGUUUCUAGAGGCGGUUUGUAGGAAAACGGGGCGCUUAGGGAAGGGCGGGGUACCGGAUGUAGAGGCUGCAGCACUUUGGGUGAUUCAGAGGUGGAGACAGGGUAAUCUGGGGAAAUUCGUGCUAGAUGAGGUGGAGGCUGAUGGUCUGGAAAAGAAAGUUAUGGAGGAGGUGAGGAUGAGUGUCAGUCAAGCAAGGAAACAGGCGAAGGAUACUCAAAGGAUGAGAGCGAAGACCAGGAGGGCGGAGUCAAUGGGUUGAGGUUGCGUGUAGACGAACUUCCUUGGGCAUACUGAUUCUUUCCCACGCGGCUCCGAGCCCCGCGUUGUACAUGUCAUCCGAUAUCAUCGUGUGAUUGUGCAGCUCUGUGUUGUCAUCGAUUAAUAUCAACUAUAUCACAAGCGAGUAAGUCAAGGACUUAGGGGAAACGAAAACAUGAAAUUAGGCGAAUAUAUCGAACCAGAUGGAUUACUGGCCACAUUGAUCUACCACCUACUGCUCUACCAAUUUAGAAGCUCUGACGACCCGAAAGCCACUCACACUCAUACCCUCGUAACUCUUUCCCCAAGUUCCAUCAAACCGGACGGUCACUGCAAACCAACUUCAGUUCCCCUGUCACAUGCGCUACUGCCAACAAAACCCCUGGAACAAGGAGAAUUAACACUAUCCUCGAUAUACAGUAUAUCGAUCUCAUCAUCGAGACGCUAUUAAUGUCUCGGGGCUCGCUUAGGGAAUGUAUACACCUGAGAGGAGAGAUGAGUAUGAGGAAGAGGAAGAGCUUUAGUAUGGCUAUAUAGUAGACGGAGGAUAGGGAAGAAAUGUAUGAGAACUUAUAUGUACUAUAUACUCUAUACU